UUUAAGGCCAGAGCUGCUGUGAAUGCAGAGAUAAUGUUACCAGCUGCACCCAGCGGGGGGCGCCACAGCCCCACAGGUCAGCUCUGUGGUGAAAAUGAAAGUGAAAGUGUUGCUUGUGUUUAUUGGACUGAUAACGCUUGUUUAACUUGUGAGGUCGGUUAGAUAACCUGUGGGUUUAGAUAAUGGCUGAAGCUUAUCAUUGACCUGCUGCUGUGUGUGGCCAUGUUGCUGAAGUGAUUACAGAUACUGCUGGUUUCUUUUUCAGAUAAGGCUGUAGACUGGUGUUAAAAGCGAUAAAAGCAAACUGACUCUCAGGAGAUUGAUCAGCCUCAGCAGAUAGUAGCAAUGGUUGGUCAUGACGCCACUUUGUCAUGCAAAGUGAACUCCAGGAGCGAUCCUGUUCAAGAGUUCCUGGAGUGGUCAAGAUCUGACCUGGAGCCCAAGUUUGUCCAUGUGAGGCGAUCUGGCAAAGACCACCUGGUUGAUCAAAACCCGUCCUACAAAGGAAGAACGUCAGUGUCCACUGAAAACCUGAUGCAGGGAGACUUUGCCCUGCAACUGUCCAACGUGAAACCAUCUGAUGAGGGAACAUACAGAUGCUUCAUCCCCAGACUGAAAAUAAACUCUGAAGUGAAGCUUGUUGUUGGUGGUGCAUUCGUGGACUCGUCUAGUUCGCCUGCCUCUACCGUCAUCGGUGUGAUCGUUGGCAUCUUAUUCAUUCUUGUGGUCGCCUAUCUCAUGUGGAGAUGGAGAGAAAACAGACUCAGGAACACAGAGCAGCAUGAAGAUGAAGAAUCACAGAAAGAGAAAACGGGCAGCUCUAGACAUAACAGUUCAGAACAAGAGCCUCUGAUAGAAAAACAAACUGACAGAGAUGGAGAGAAAAUGAAGAAUAUGAACGAUGAAGAAGAAAAACAUUGUAAAACUUUAAGUGAAGAAACAGGACGUCCAUGUCAAACAGGGGGGGACACAAACCAACAGCAGCACAGGACAGACAGAGAAACACCACCAGGUCAGUCAGUGCAGAGUCCAGGAGAUGGAGAAGAGUCUGAUCCUGACACAGCAGGUGGAGAAGGACAACAACAGCUCUCAACAGCAGACGCAGAGAAUGAUCAUGAUGAGGGAGAAGAUAAAGAAACAGCAGGUCAGAGUCAAACUGAGGGAGACAGACAAAAAGAUGAGACCCAGGCAGGAGGAGAGAUAAAACCUGAGGAACAGACGAACCCAGAGAGUGAAGGAACAAAACCUUCAGCUCCACAAAGACCAGAAACACACCAAGAGACUGAGAGCAGAGACGGAGGGAGGGAUAUCACACCAAAACCAAAUGACUCAGAAAGUCAGCCUGUCAGUCAGACUUCAGAGGCAGCAAAGAGCGAGUCAAACACUGCAGAAAAAGAGACUGAGGAAGCAGAAACAAAUGAAGGGCAGCUCAUUAACACACAGUCAGAGAAUACAUCUGCAGGUGACACAGACUUUAAUGUAAUGAAGCAAACACAAGACCAAGCACAGCUGGUGGAAAAUGAAAACACUACAUCAGGAGCAGGAGCCGGAGGAGGAGCAGAUGAGACUGAAUCAGUAAGGCCAACACAGACCCUCAUCACAGAGCAAAAACCAGACCAACAACAGACCAUGGAAGAUGGACAGACUGUAACUAAUCCAGAGGAAGAAAACAAGUCAAAACUUCUGCGUCAACAAAAGAGAGAAAGUGAAGUAGAGUCAGAAAAGAGUCCUGACAGCAGUGCCGGAGGAGAGGACACAAACAGUCAGUCUCCACAUGAUGGAGAAAAACAAACAGACCAGACGGCAGAAGGAGACAUAAAGAGUCAUUCAGACAGGAAAGAAGAAGAAGCAGAGAAAACAAAACCUUCCUGUCAAACACAUGAACAGCAGGUCAAUACAACAGAGUCAGAGGAGAACAUGGAGCAAGCUGGAGAAGAAGGAACAACAUCUGAACAGAACAAACUGCAACCUCAGACAGACGUGAAAGAAGAAGAACAGAACAAGACAGACAGAGGGACUGAAAGUGAUGAUGAUAAAAGGACAGAGAGAGAAUGAGAGGACAUCUGUGUCAGAGGACAGAAGAAGUCAGGGUCCAGAGGAUGGAGGAGGACCAACAGGAACAGAAGAGAAGAGUGAUACAGAGAGCACAGAAGACAAUUCACAGAAAAGUGAAGACAGACAACAAGAGCAGCUCAGGACAGGAGACGAAAACAGACAUCAUAAAGAGAAUCAGGAAGAGGAGGAUGGAGGGAGUGACAGAGAUCAGUCUGGAGCAGGAGGAGCAGAUGAGACUGAAUCAGUGAGGAACAAUGACCUUCCUGUGACAGAGCAAAAACCAGACCAACAACAGACGAUGGAGGAUGGACAGACUGUAACUAAUCCAGAGGAAGAAAAGAUAGAAACACACCGAGAUAAGGAAAGUGGAGCAGAGCCAGGGAUGAGUCCUGACAGCAGAGAUGCAGACGACCACAUGACACCAACAAACAACACAAACCUGAACUCUCCAAAAGAUGAAGAACAAACAGACCAGUCCUCAAAAGAAGGAGUCUGUGGUGAUUCAGACAUUCAUACAUAAAGCAGUUUAUAAUGUGAACAGGAAAAGUCUCUGCAUGAACUGACAAAUAAAUCUAUUCUUUUUUUCUUCGCUUUUUAGCAUCAAGUUUAAUUUCUGCAGUUUGUUUAUGAGCAGGUUUUAAUGCUGUGUAUUCCUGUGUUGGUUCCUCACUGAGUCUGUAUCAUCUUCAUGAAAUAAAGGCAAAGACUCGU